GUCACAAGCGCCAAGCUCUCAGUGCCUGCUGAAUCUCUACUGAGUUGGUAGCUAAGGAGAGUUUCUCUCCACAUCCUACUCUAUUUUUGAGAUUGCCGGCGCACAACUUGCUUUAAAUGAGCAACCGUAUUAAGACUGGCCGCCUGUCCCGCAGGCGGCCUCCUCUUGACCAUGGCCCAUUGAGUCGCCCAACCCGCGAUGUUCCACCGCCUAGCACAGGCGCAGGUGCACACUUUCGCCCUGCUCGCAGGCAUGUCAAGCGAGAACAAGAGUGCGAGCCUUUACCAGCGGGCUUCUGCUUCGCCCAGAAGAAGCGAUGCUCUCUUGAACAGACUACGGACUCCUCUGUGGAGCUACUUCCCCCGGUAUCCUGGGGAGACGCCCCGAGGAACCCCCCACCAUCUGCUAAAAACUGCUUGCGGUUCGAAUUCACGAAAGAUUUGAAGAUUCCUCCUUUUCUACCUGGCCAGGUAGACUUUGAUGGGACCUUGACAUCUGAUCACCCCAGAAAAGUGACGGUGGAGAAGGGGGAGACUCUCUUAGAAACUAGAGAGCGUGGGACUAAACAAUGGGAAUCCACCAUCAGUCUGGAAGUGCCGUGUAUGCCUGGGCCUCCAGAUACUAGGAGAGACCUCGACCUCGCUUCCUGGAAGGACAGCUCUGGACCAACCACUGUGAGUGAGAAGGUCCAGGUGUCUCAGACAAGCCGCCUCCUGGAAGACCACCAGGCUGUCCCCAUCUCACAUAGCCAAGCUAGAAGUGGCCCGCCUCUUCAGAAGCCUGAUGCAGGGGCGGGAGCGCUCCCUGACCUGGCUUCAGACCACCUCCCUCUGCAGGAGAAGUUGGCUAAGGGUGUGUUGGAUAAGAUCCAUCUGUCCAGUGUUCCCGCCCCUCUGGUGUCAGGGAAGGAGGUCCAAGAUGCAAAGACUUCACACCCUCCAUCAAGGAGCUGCUCCUCAUCCAUCGCUCCCAAUAAGAAGACCAUCAAAAGGAAGCUGCUGAUGCCUCUGCCACUGCCUCCACCGCUGCUGCUGCCGUCACUGCUGCCUUGGGGUAGAAAUGAGUUGCCCCCACCACCAAAACUUCCUCGAAUCCUUUGGGAAGAAGACCUGGGCACCUCAAAGUGCAAGUGUCUAAAGAGCAGGAAGAUCUUGCAGGGGAGAGUGGACACUUUGAAAGAUAAUGUAGAGGUGCUGAAAGAUAAGGUGGAGUCACUGGAGAACAAAGUGGAGGGGUUAGAGGACAAAGUAGAGGCACUGGAGAACAAAGUGAGGGCACUGGAAAAUGAAACAAAGGCCAAGGCUGAUCAGAGUGCCCCUCAACCUGCCUCCUCUUUAGUUCCACCUGUAGGGAAGACUGCAGCGUCUCUGCCCACCACCACUAGUACUGUUCAAGUCCCAGCUACUGUUACCAGUACCGACUCAGGUGACCUUUCUGCCUGCCCACCCCUCCCAUCUGUCCCUCUGUCUUUCCCCAUACAGAAAACUAAUGAGAAAAUAAUACAUACAACUGCUAAUUCUCUUCCUUCAGCUGCUCCUUCCGACUCCCUUCCUGCCUAUAAAUCUAAUACCACGUCAGGCAGCCCAAGCAAUGGAAGCGGGGGUCCUUUUCCUUCUACCUCGGCUGCAGUGCCUCCCGUUUCUACCAUUCUCACACCUCUACCCUUGUUUAAGCCUCCAGCCUGCAAAAACGAAUCUCCUGUACCCAUGUGGAUAGGCUCCCCUCCUCCUCCUCCUCCACCUCCUGUCCACACCCUUCCCUUAGUCCUUUCCAGUGGGACCCCCAUUAUCAAUGGGGUCACUGACAUGGACACUACCCCCCCAUCCCAUGCUACUAUCUUCAGAUCUCCCCCAAACACCAUGGGGAGCAUUAUCCCAUUGCCCCCAAUCCAACCCCACAUACCUGCCAUGGCACCAGUCUUUCCUGGGCCACCUCCACCUGUGGUCCCCUUCCCAGUUCCAAUUUUUAACCAGCCAUUUGGCCCAGUAGCCACCCCUGGGACCACAUUUUGGAGCCCAAAUGCCCAACAGCAGCUAGCCUCUCUUCCCAGUCCCUCAGGCACUGGAGGA